AUGGUUUGUGGGGGGCCGUUGAGCACCAGGGAGGGACUGAACGUGGCCUCCGGUCGCAUGGUGAGUGAUGAUGUGCCAGUCAAAGACAUUGUAGAGGCACGACAACACAUGCGUCUCAUUCAGCAAUUUAAGAAGGCACAACGGCAACGCUACGUGAAGGAGGCGGAAGCGAUACGGCGGCAGCGGAGGCAGCGGAGCUCCGCAGCAGCGUAUUGGGAAACCGCACUUGGCAACUUUGCCAAUGCCAAUCGAAGUAAGUUGUGUUUGCUCGUGCUAGGGUGUGGGACGCCGCCACAUCUGCGGCCGCCAACAUGGGUGAUGGCCCUUGGCAACACACUGAACAUAACGAGGGUGAACUUUGAGGUGGCGCAACGAAAAGCGCAGGACUUUAUCAAGGAGGAGAGAGAGUCGGAGGGCGCACAAGCUGCGUUGAAUGGAUUUGCCGCUGCAUCUGUCCGUCUCCGUACCGUGGGGCCAGACUUUUCCUACUGCACCUCCCUCGCUGCGGGUGUCAGUAUUCCUCUCGGGGAGUGGCGGUUAAGGCUUACCGAGGAGCUGGACGCGGAGCUGCCGCGCCCCUUGCGGACGGCGCAGGAUACGGUCAGCAUUUUCCACGCGACGUUUCCCAUCGUGAGAGCAACGACCGCAGUGAAUCAGGAGAAUAAGCUACACCGCGAUGAUAAAAACUCACAGGGUAACUCGACUGGAGGCACCAAACCACCACUACCGAUUUCAGAGUGCCGGGCCAUGGCGUUCUUGGGGGUGAUAAACACGGAAGGAGUGGAGAUUGCCGCGGAUAGGGCGGCAGGAGGCACUACUACUGUUGCGUGCGACAGUGGUGGUACUGGUGAAGAGGAGGAAAAGGGAGAUCCAAGGGCGGCGGUUAGUCGAAGCCCAUCAUUUUCAAACGGAGGCCCCUGCUUGCGGAAGCGCACACACAUCGGCGCAGAACCUGCGGUAGGUUUCUCCUGUUCUUUGGUUACCCCAAAUAUGAUGGCUUCUAUACAAACAGGGGACGAUAAUGAAAAGGAUCUAUCUUUAUCUUCCAUGCUGAAUGAAAACGUUUUAAGAAGGGUGGAGCUGCUGCUUCGAACACACAUGGAGCUUCGCUCGGAGUUUGGUUAUGUAAAGGGCAUGUCUUGCCUGGCGAUGAUGCUCGCUGUUGUUGUCACGGAUCCGUGGGAGUUGUGUGUCUGCUUUUCUAGUUUAUUGGAGUAUGGCCACUUGGCAUCGUUUCUCUCACUGCAGCAAAAAAGUGUUAUUGUCCACCUUAACAUAUUCGAUGCCGUCCUACAAAAGUCGCAACCGGCAUUGCACGCGCUGUUUCAGAAAUACGGAGUGCCGCUGAAUUCAUGCCUCUUAGACUGGUGGAACACAGUUUUUCUAGGAACUUUGCCGUACACGGCCGCCUUGCGCUCUUGGGAUCUUUUCCUCUUGGACAAGCACUACCUCUACCGCAUCACCCUCGCCCUCUUGGUCUAUCGGUUUGGUCUCUACAGCAAGACUGCACGGAAGUCUCUCCCACACUCGUACCACUCGCAAGAAGAGCUGUUGCAGGUCUUAAAUCCAUCUCUUUCAGAGACCCAUAUGAGUCAACAACUUUUCUUUUGCAUUAUAGCGAGUGAUGCGUUAUGUGGCAUUCACAUGCGCUCUAUUCGCUCCAUUGUGAAACGUAUGACAAAUGCUUGUUUCUCGCAUUAA